CAAAGGAGAAGCCUCAGAAAACCCUAGGACGACGAGGAGAAGGGCGCGCAGACAUGGCGAAGAACCGGAAGAACAAGGGCAAGAAGGGCGGCGGCGGCAGCGGGGUCGCCGCCAUGGACACCUCCGAGGGCACCCCCGUGGCAUCCACCGCUGCCGCGGCACCAGAACCCAUGGAUACAUCGGAGGGGAAGCAGAAGCCGUCUUCGGCUUCGAUUGCGCUCACUUCGGUUAACAGGAAAAUAAAAAAAGGAGUGCAAAUUAAAAGGUCUCAAAAUGUGAGGAAAAUGAAAGCUGUUGCCCGGGCCAUUUCAAAAAAUGAAAAGGCCGAGGAGAAGGUCCUGAAAACUAAAAGCAAGAAGUCAAGAGUUCAAUCUGCCAAGUCUCUGUAUGAUUAAAUUUUCGGUGGGUUAACCAAAUUUUGUGUUCCUAUAUAUUUAUAUAUUUCCAUCCUGUAGAGCAACCAAAUCUAUGUGUUUUAUAAUGCAUGCUUUGCUUACAAAUAUUGUUAUCACAUUUUAGAUGCCUGUGAUGAUGCACGGUAAUAGUGGCAUAGUAGGAUUGGUUGUUUUUUCCUAUCACGUUCUUGGAUAUUGUUGGUUAAGUAGCAAUCAAGUGCAAGCCAACUAUUGUAUAAUGGGUCUUUUGUCGUAUGGUAGCAAAUGUUUUGUACCCCUCUAUACUAUCUUGAAAUCUUCAUCAUUAAUGUCUGUUAAUUGUGAGCCCCAAAUACUGU